GCUUAUUAUAAAGGAGGGCCGACUCCAUCAAAAAAACAUAAAAGCAUUUCAUAACUAUAAUAACUGUAACAGCAUCAUCAACUAAAGGAGAAGAAUCAGAACAAAAAUGAGAGUCUACUUUAUCAUAGUCUGCUGCAUACUUAGCUUCACCCAAUCAUGCAUAGUGCAAGUGUCUCUUAACAAUGGGCCCGUCUUCAAUGCAUCACAAGAAGUUGUCGUACAAGAAGGAGACCACAUUUCUGUUAGCUGCAACUAUUGUUCAUACAAGAACUACAUUAAAUAUCUAUUCAAAACAAAUCUCUCUGAUUACAGUCCACUAGGGAUGUUGUAUAAUGAAAAUUAUACCACUAGCAGCAUUGAUACAUCUCACUCUUUUCAAUGCUGCCAGGAUGAUGGAGUAUGGAACUGCUCAUUAAGUACAAUUAUAAAUGUGACAAAACAUUCCCCAAAUCCCACUGAAUGCAAUAGCACUCAACCCCUACCAGUCACAGAGACAGUUACAAACACAGAAACAGCUACAUCCACUGAAACAGUUACACACACAGAAACAGCUACAUAUACUGAAGCAGUUACAUCAACAAUAACUAAAAGUAUUACUACAAUGGAGCAGCAAGUUGUCCCUACAACAGUCAUUAGUACACGCAUCAUGACUACAACAAUAAUGGUGACGCCAUCACCAAGUAUUUCUGAUGAAGAACAACAGUCGGCAUCUGAGAAUAUUUACAUAUACCAAUCUGGAGAGCCAACAUUGAGUAAAAAUUGUGCUGAAAAUAUAGAGUUUAUACUUCCUGUCAUUAUAUUAACUGUGUUGCUGAUUGUUACCAUAGCAGUGUGUGGGUUCUUACUCAUUGUAUGCAGAUAUUAUCAUAAGAUGAAACAAAGCUAUGACUUAAAGAAUAAUGAACAAAAACUAUAAUUAUAACAUUUAUUAAUACUUAUUUUUAUUUUGUAUUGAUUUCGCACACUCACUUUUCUGUCUCUUAAAAUUCAACAUUUUUAUUGAUUAUUUUGCAUUUCAAAAAUACCCCUGGAAUUUUUUUGACAUAAUUAUA